GAAGAUUCUAGACACACUCUCUGAAACCUAUAAAUGCUUCACUUCCCACCACCCUGUCUCUCAAUCAACAAUCAACCAUUUCACGUUGUUCUGAUCUCCCCAUUUCACACCAAACCCUUCACUUUUUUAACCUUUCUCAGUUCACGUUAACAGAUGGCCGGAAAGGGGGAAGGACCUGCCAUCGGAAUCGACCUCGGCACCACCUACUCUUGCGUCGGCGUGUGGCAGCACGACCGAGUCGAGAUCAUUGCCAACGACCAGGGCAACCGUACAACGCCCUCUUACGUCGCCUUCACCGACACUGAGAGGUUGAUCGGCGAUGCUGCUAAGAACCAGGUCGCCAUGAAUCCCAUCAACACCGUCUUCGAUGCGAAGAGGUUGAUUGGUAGGAGAAUUAGCGACCCUUCUGUGCAGAGUGAUAUGAAGUUGUGGCCAUUCAAGGUUAUUGCUGGUGCUGGUGAUAAACCCAUGAUCGGUGUAAACUAUAAGAGCGAGGAGAAGCUAUUUGCUGCUGAGGAAAUCUCCUCCAUGGUCCUAACUAAGAUGAGGGAGAUUGCAGAGGCUUACCUUGGGGCAAAUGUGAAGAACGCUGUUGUCACCGUGCCUGCUUACUUCAAUGACUCUCAACGUCAAGCCACCAAAGAUGCCGGAGUCAUUGCUGGCCUCAAUGUUAUGAGAAUAAUAAAUGAGCCAACUGCUGCAGCUAUUGCAUACGGGCUUGACAAGAAAGCUACUAGUGUUGGCGAAAAGAAUGUCCUGAUCUUUGAUCUGGGAGGUGGUACUUUUGACGUUUCUCUCCUCACCAUUGAGGAGGGUAUCUUUGAAGUCAAGGCCACAGCUGGAGACACUCAUCUUGGAGGAGAGGAUUUUGAUAAUAGAAUGGUGAACCACUUUGUGCAGGAGUUCAAGAGGAAGAACAAGAAGGAUAUUAGUGGAAACCCAAGAGCCCUUAGAAGGUUAAGAACUUCUUGUGAGAGAGCAAAGAGGACUCUAUCCUCCACUGCUCAGACCACUAUUGAGAUUGAUUCCCUGUUUGAGGGCAUUGACUUCUAUUCGACUAUCACUCGUGCCAGAUUUGAGGAGCUCAACAUGGACCUCUUCAGGAAGUGCAUGGAGCCUGUGGAGAAGUGUCUAAGGGAUGCAAAGAUGGACAAGAGCACCGUUCAUGAUGUUGUCCUUGUUGGUGGCUCUACCAGGAUUCCUAAAGUUCAGCAGCUUUUGCAGGACUUCUUCAAUGGAAAAGAUCUGUGCAAGAGCAUCAACCCGGAUGAAGCAGUUGCUUAUGGAGCUGCUGUCCAGGCAGCUAUAUUGAGUGGUGAAGGAAAUGAGAAGGUUCAAGAUUUGUUGCUUUUGGAUGUCACACCAUUGUCUUUGGGUUUGGAAACUGCUGGAGGUGUCAUGACUGUAUUGAUUCCAAGGAAUACUACCAUUCCUACUAAGAAGGAACAGGUGUUCUCUACAUAUUCCGACAACCAACCUGGUGUCUUAAUUCAAGUUUAUGAGGGUGAGAGAACUAGAACCAGAGAUAACAACUUGUUAGGAAAGUUUGAGCUGUCAGGCAUUCCUCCAGCUCCCCGUGGUGUUCCUCAGAUCACUGUUUGCUUCGAUAUUGAUGCUAAUGGUAUAUUGAAUGUCUCUGCCGAGGAUAAAACAACUGGGCAGAAGAACAAGAUUACCAUUACCAAUGACAAAGGAAGGUUGUCAAAGGAGGAAAUCGAGAAGAUGGUUCAAGAAGCUGAGAAAUACAAGUCGGAAGAUGAGGAGCACAAGAAGAAGGUCGAGGCGAAGAAUGCUUUGGAGAACUACGCCUACAACAUGAGAAACACAAUAAAGGAUGAUAAGAUCAGUUCAAAGUUAUCCUCUGAGGACAAGACAAAGAUUGAUAAUGCAAUUGAGCAGGCCAUUCAAUGGCUUGACAGCAAUCAGCUUGCAGAGGCUGAUGAAUUUGAAGACAAGAUGAAGGAGCUGGAGGGUAUUUGCAAUCCAAUUAUAGCCAAAAUGUAUCAAGGCGGAGCUGGUGCAGGUGGUGAUAUGGAUGAUGGUGCUCCACCUGCUGGUGGCAGCGGUGCUGGCCCCAAGAUUGAGGAGGUUGAUUAAGUGGGCUAUUUAGUUUUAGUAGAAAAUAACGUUUCUUAAGUUUAUUGGGUUUAGGUUGCUUUAGAAUUUUCAUUUCAUUGAUUCUAUUGCUGUUUUCAAUUAACCAUUUGUAUGCUAAUUGAAAACUAGCUCGCAUUAAAUUAGUACUUUGGUUAAUAUAAUUUUAUCAUCCAAUUCUGCGA